UUUAUAGAGCCAAACUCUAUUCGUUUGUCAUCAACAAUGCAUCCAACGCCGUUCCAGAAGGGCCUGCCGCUGCCGCUGCCGCCCCUCCUGCACCUGUGGUCGUUCAUGUUCACCACGUUGCCCUUGCUAUCGGCAAACUCAAUGGAGCCACCGCCAGACGUGUGGAAGCUGUCUCUGCCAGCAUAGUAGUAGGACUCGGACAUGGCUCUGCCCUGUGCAAGGAUCUUGUCGCUUUGGUAAUAACACACAACUAAUUAAUACAGUACAUAAACUGAGCAUGCUGGUGCUGUUGAACCGGCUUUUCACUGGUGUGCAUGGUGUCCGGUAAGAUUUGGCAAAUCGCGGCCUGCAAAUGUCCGAAGCCCGCUGCAUUGCCGGAGGAUCUGCUCCCGGCCGACGCCACCUCCACCUCCAGCACGGGCAAAAUCUCCUCCGCCGCCGUGUGCUGCGGCCUGCUGGCGCACUGCAGCGCUGCCCAGCUGCACGCCAUCCUGUGCGGGCUAGUGCAAGCCGUGGCAUCCAGCAGCGUCAAGGGCAACAAUCGGAAGCUGCUGCUGGGCUCCAAGCUGCGCAAGCUGCUGGAGGGCGUGGGCGUGGCGCCGGCCAACGGCAAAGCCUACACCGCCGCCGACGUGGCGGCACUCUCCGGCCCCAAGCUGGAGCGGCUGCGGGCCACGCUGAAGUCGCAGCCGGGACUGCUGCUGUGGUUCCUGCUGUUUACCGCGCCCGCUGAGCUGCAGGCGCUGCAGGCGGCGCUGCUGCCGGGCGGCGCGGGCGACAGGAGCUUCGAGGAGUGGCGCGCCGCGAUUGACGCUGUGGCCGGCAGCGGCCACGAGCAGCUGGCGGCGGCGCAGGAAGUGAGGGGCUGCCAGUCGGCGUGCGUUGAGGGCAGUACGGCCGGCAACACCGCCACCACCGCCACCAUCACCACCACCAACAACAACCCCGCCAGUCAUGGUGGCGUCUACACGGCGCUCACGGGCACCGAGGUUACCGGCAAGGCGGCGGCCAACAAGGAUCUGUCCCGCACCCGCACCACCAGCCACAGGAACCGGUGCGUGUCCGAGAGUGGCAGCACGCGCAACAAGAGCAGGAGUAGCAGCAGCAGGAGCAGCAGUACUCACAGCGUGGAGUACGCGGAGCCGAAGGCGGGCUGCUCCCAGCCCGCCGCCACCGUCCCGGGCUGCGUGCCUGAGAUCAUCAGCGCAGCUAUACCGCCGCUGGCUCCGCUAGCUCUGCACAUCCGGCGCGCCAUAGUGAAGGAGCUGCUGGAGGCCAGGCCGCCGGGCUGGAACACCUUUCUGUACUCCUGGCUGCAGGCGGCGGGGCUGUCCGAGUUCCUGCCGGCCAAUGGCACCUGCCGCAUGUACAUGGCAGACAGGAAGCAGCUCGUGCUCCGCGUGGGCGCGAUGCGCGAGGAGCAGGUGGACGCGUUCCUGACGUGCAUGUGCAAGGCGCACGGGCACAGCACGUGGCUCGCGCGCUACCUGCACAUGCUGGGGCCGGAGGUUUCGCAGCUGCUGUCCCAGGGUCGGUACAGCGACGAACUGCUGGCCGCGCUGCGGGCCGCCGGGCAGAAAACGCUGGCCGAUGCAGUCAUGGAGCACUUCUGGGGGCGGGACCCGGAUCCGGAGGACAGUGAGGCCGGCGAGAUGGAUGUCAAGCCGUGGGCGGAGCGCCUGGGACUGCUGAGGUUUGACAUGCUCGCGGAGCAGCUGAGGCUGCCGCCCAACGCCGACGGCUCCGUGAAGAACUUCAGCAACGGGCUGGUCUUCAAGGUCGACCCGCUAGAGGUGUGGAGCAAGUACACUGACGGAGAGCCGUCAGCAGGCGCGCUGAGUGGCAUGCGUGCCACCGACAAGGAGGCCCGCGACAAGCAGGUCAAGCAGCUUCGCGGCGUCCCGUUGCUGUACCUGUGGCGGAUAGGCGGCCGGGUGGUGUACGUGGGCAUGUCUGGGGGCUGGGUGAAGGGCAGUCGGAUAGCACGCUAUUUGGCAGAGGGCCCGGGAUUCAGCGAGUCGUCGAAGAUGCUGCCGUGGCUGACAGCCAUUGAUGAGGGCAAGGAGAUCGAGCUCCGGGUCAUCACGCUGGAGGGAUUGAAGGCAUUGGAGGGUAUGUCGGAGGGCAUGUCCGAGGAGGAGGUGCAGAAAAAGGUGCAGAAGAAGGUGAAGGAGCUCGAGAAGCACUUCCUGUGCCAUGUGGACUGCCCGUGCAACAAAGUUAACAACGGGUCUUACCGGGUUGAGACGCCCCGCCAGGGCCUCCUGGACAAACUCAAGGAGAAGUACAAGAUAAAAGUACGGCAACAAAGCGCAGGCCGGCAACCCCGCUGAGCAUCAGUCCAAGGAACAGCCCGAGUAGCCUGCUGAGGUCUCGCUUCAGAUGCGACAAUCCAAUUGCGGCGGGUCGCCAUUGCACCACGGGCCGUUGCGGUGGCGUGAGCGGGCUGCAUGUGGCACAAGCCGGGGCUUUCAGGCAGGUCAGAUAGAAUCAUGCACCCGCGGCAUGCGGUCAGCGCACAAGCGGAGCUGCGGCCAGUUUGCAUGCAGGGGCGCUGCCGCACAGGGCCAGGCGCGUGUACGGUUGCUGCAGUUGUGUGCUUUUGCGCAGCUCAUCACGUAGAUUAGGUGCGUGUGUGCAUUUGCGGGCUGAACGCGGUUGGAACGAUGUGCGGGGUAGUGCAUGAUUGCUGUGGACAGUUGCAUCUUACGUUUCUUUUAUUUCUUUGUACAACUGUGGGCCUACCUCUUACCGAGAUUGAGCGAAACGGGAUGCGUAGGAUGUGCGUGGCAAGCUGAUGGCGGGUGGCGGGUGUGCAACCAGUAUGUGCGGGCAAGGAGAGCGUGCUGCCCUUCACAUGGAUGUUCUCCUGGUGCCAAGUUGUGUAUCGUCUAUUGUGGGCCAUUGCCGUGUGGAGGCGCUUAUCCCUAGUUAAAUGUUGUCUACCUGCUCAGCUCCCACAUUGGGUUAGGACUGAUAUGCACCAGCAGCACUCAUUGAUCGAACAGCAUGUAGAUUCAUGCCCAAUAGGUUGCCGGCGUAAUUGAUUGCAGGCUGGCAUGCGUGUGUUGUACCGGUAACUUGUAAGGCACAGACCGGCUGCAUGCAUAGCGGGCAGGUUUAGCAUGGCACGAAGACGCAUCCCGUUUGGUGUAGCCUUUGCUCACUGUGUUGAGGGGUUAGUGCGUCUGGUCGAAGCGUGCCGAUCCCGAUUGAGGAUGAGGCAAGCGCAGGCUUGGGCAGACGUACCGUAUCCGCCUUUAGAGAGAGUCUAAUGAAGGCGUGGAAGCAUGAGCGGCUGCAGUCUGAGCCAAGCACUUUCCCAUCAGACAACAAGCAACCAGGCGUGCAGAUGAGCAAGUACAAGCAUUGGAUGGGGCUGUGUGCGGAAGGCGCGGCACCACUGACCAUGCAAGGGCACAGUAGAGCAUUUUAUACCAGUUGCGCACCACAAGGCCUUGAUGAGGUUCCGCCUAUGCUGCUGGCCGCUUUCUGCCAACCGCGCCUAUGGACGACCUAGGGAGGAGAGGAUUUGCCCGUUAUGUGUUGCAAAUGAAGUCGAAGAUGAGGAUCAUGUGCUCAUGCGGUGUACGGCCUACGACCAGUUGCGUUCGGGUAGCGAGAUUGAUUGUACAGGCGGGAUGCAGGCCGUUAUGCAGAAUACGGACCCAGCCAGGUUAGCCGCAUUACUAGAUUCCGUUUGGGAGCACAGGAGCAGAAGCACCCCCAUUCGGGGGCCAAACCCUACCGCUACGCAGUACCCCGGCUUGCCCCCUCGGCCCAUCCCCUCUGUCCCAUUGCGCACCAUUGCAAGGCCAAGUAUGAAGGGAACUUAGCCCCUGAGCCGAGCUAUCGGCUAUGGGUUCAUUCCCAACGUCCAGUUCAGCGCGCAGUUGUGCGAACGGGGUGGGAUGGGGGUGCGGGGGGAGGGAUGCCCGGACUGUGCGGGGAGGCGCCGGUAGGCGCCGGUGAACACAAGCGCGUUGGUGAGCCAAAGGCGAGAGAGCGCGGGCGGGGGGGUGGGGUGGGGGGCCCCGAGAUGUUGCACAUGAUUUUGCACCACGAUAGUAUGCACCGUACCAAAAACUGUGUUGCAGGCGUUAUAAGGGCCCCCCGGCCCGGCCCGGGCCUCGGUUUCUACAAGGACAGGAACGCACAUCGUGCUCAUCACCUUGUAACCACACACAACAGGAAGCGUGGUGCGCAUGGGCGAAGGUCGCCAGCCAGUCUAGGGCCGGGCAGGGCGAGCGCAUGCUCAGUAGUAAGCGUAAGAACACAUUGGUUGUGUGGCCUUAACUAAAUGUACUACCCUGCACUACUUGCAAGCGGCAUUGCAUAGCCUGUGUCAAUAGGUUAUAGGUAGGCCCGUGGGCAGAGCUUGGGUUUGCUGGUGGGGGUGUGGCCGUGUGGAGCUGUGUUCUUGUAACCAAUAACAAUCUUGUAACCAACAACAACAGUGUUCUUGUAGAGAGCCAGCCGUGUAGGGCCGUGAUAGGUUGUCACUGGUGGUCGACAUUGCAAUGCCAUUUGCAAUCCAUGGAUAUGGCAAAUCGACUGUCACGGUAUGUGGCAAUGCGCGAUAAGUGCAGCGUAAGACUGCAAACAAGCUGCCUUAGAUUGCGAGCAGCCUGAAUCCUAACCAAAUGUGGACCCGCAAUUGUACAAAACUAGAUUCUGGGAGUCUGGGACUCAGUGGCCACACGGGGAUUUGGUGCGCCCUAGGACUGUGCUGGUUCAUGCAACAUGAGGCCCCUGAGCAACCUUACGCCAUAACCCUCACGGCGCAUGUCACUGUGCAGGACAGUUCAGGGUUGGUGUGCCGCAGAUUGCAGUGUGUGAAACAGCAGUGCAGGCCUAGUGCGCGGCGGCGCCACUUCUGCUGCAUUACCACACUGUGAUGCCAUAAAAAGCAGACUGAAAUACUGCGACACAAAGGCUACAGGAAAGGCGGGUUUGUGAAUGGAGUUGGCAGUGUCUGGCAGGCAGUGCCAGCGCACAUGACAGGGGACCGCAGGCCCACGUUGCACCAGCAACGGCAAUAGCGUCGCAUUGUGGCCUUGAGAUGUAGGCGGCGGCGACAGGCGGCGACGAUUGCGCAUGGCAGUGAUGGCCCCGGCAGCUUCUCCGAUUCACGCUGUGUUACAGCUUGCAAGCCGUAGGAAUUCGGACAAAACC